CGGGAUGCAGCAAGCGGCGGUAGCGGCGGCGGCCUUUCACUUCCGGUUGUUGCAGCCUUCCUCGCCUUCCUCCCGCUGUGCCAGCAUCCUCCGCAGCAGCAGCCUGGGUGGUGGUGGUGGGUGGGUGAUGGCAGGGAAGCCGAUAUCCUGUUUUUCCGUGGGCCGCGGCGUGAGCUUGCCGCGUCCGAUCAGCAUCGGCCGUUCGUGACACGAGCGGCCGGGCAUGCGGCCGCCAUGGACCGUGCAACAGCGAGCAAGAAAAUGCGCGUGGCCGGAUUGGUGCUGGCGCGAGGCGGCAGCGAAGCGGUGAAGAAGAAGAACGCCCGAGUGCUGUGCGGACUGCCUUUGUUGACCUGGGUGCUGAGGCCCAUGAAACACUGCAAGACGCUCGACGAGAUAUGGGUGUCUACCGACGACCAGGAAAUCGAGGACAUCGCGACCGCGGAGUCGUGCGCUGUCGUGCGACGCUCCGAGGAAUUCGCUCAACCCGAUUCGCCUUCGGUGCUCGCCGUGCAAGAGUUCAUGCGCGAAGUUCCAGGUAUUGACGUGGUUGCCUUAGUCCAAUGUACCUCGCCGUGUCUAGUGCCAUCGUACCUGGACGAAGCGGUCAACCUUGUCACUUCGGACAGAUACGACUCCGUUUUCUCGGUCACUCGUGACUACAAGUGGCGGUGGACAGAACUAUCGCAAGAUGGUACGACAAGACCCCUGAACUUCGACCCGGCGCAGCGACUCUGUCGCCAGGAGUGGGUGGGUGAGAUCGUCGAAACUGGUCACUUCUACGUCACGCGAGCGGAGUAUGUCCAAGAUGGACUCCUUCAAGGAGGAAGGUGCGGCUUUGUGGAGUUGCCACAGUACCUGUGCCACGAGGUCGACACGGAGGACGACCUGCUGAUCGUUGAGCAGAAGCUGCAGAAGUACGGCUUCAAGGGCGACAUCGUCCUCGACGCGCCCUCGGAGUUCCAGUAG